AUGGGAGAGAACAGCGCUUACGAUUACCUUUUCAAGGUCGUACUUAUCGGGGAUUCUGGUGUCGGAAAGUCGAACUUGCUCUCUCGAUUCACACGUAAUGAAUAUAAUGUCGAGUCCAAAUCAACCAUUGGCGUCGAGUUUGCCACCCGUUCAAUUAAUGUGGACGGCAAGACUGUAAAGGCACAAAUUUGGGAUACCGCCGGACAAGAGCGUUAUCGAGCCAUUACCUCUGCGUACUAUCGCGGAGCUGUCGGCGCACUCUUGGUAUACGACAUCUCCAAGCACGCCACCUAUGUCAAUGUCACUCGCUGGCUCAAGGAAUUACGCGACCACGCAGACUCGAACAUUGUUAUUAUGCUCGCUCUUGCAGUUGAACAUGGGCUGUUCUUUAUUGAGACUUCAGCCAUGGAUGCAUCCAAUGUUGAAGCUGCAUUCCAGAAUAUUUUAACUGAGGUAUAUCGAAUCGUGUCCAGCAAGGCUCUUGAGUCAUCCGCAGAUCCGAUCAAGCCUACUGGGGGUGAGACGAUCACCGUGACACCCACAGUCGACAACAACGCCAAUGCCGCUGGCGGCAAGUGCUGCUAA